AUGAAAUUCCUCAUUGUUUUUGGUUUUGUGGCUGCCGUUGGUGCCAUGCCAUAUCAUGGUUUAGUCAAUACCGGUGCUUCAGCCGUUCAACGACAUGAUGAUGGCCAUGGAAAUUAUGCAUUCGGUUAUAAUGAAGAUCAUGCCUAUGGUGGUACAUUCCGUAAAGAAAAAGGCGGUCCAGGCUAUCAGGUUGGUUCAUAUGGCCUUCGAGAUGCUGAUGGCCGUAUGCGUAUUGUUGAAUACAUUGCCGAUGCUCAUGGUUUCCGUGCUUCGAUUUCGACUAAUGAACCGGGAACUGAUCCAAAACAGGAUCCAGCCGCUACCUCACUCACCUUUGGUGGUCAUGCUCCAGGUCCAGUUCCGAUGGCUCCAAUAAUGGAACAUGGUCCAGUAUUGGCUGCUGCUCCUGUUUAUGCUGCUGAACCAGUUUAUGCCAAAACUUUGGCACUUCCGAUGGCUGGUUCAUACAGUGUACAACAUGCUUCAUAUUUGCCAGCCAUGGCCAAUCAUUAUUAUCCAGAACCAAUGAUGGCCGGUCAUUAUAAUGUUGGACAUUAUUAAUUGCAUUAUGUUUCAUUUCAUUUUUGUAUACUUUUCAAAUUUAAUCUAACCCGCCAUUGAAAUUUAUC